UUUUGUUUAGAAAUGACAAAAUUUCACUGGUUCAAUAGAAUCACAGUAGAAAUUACAUGCAUUAUUCCAUUUUCAAAAAUAUAGACAAUCUAACAUUUUAUAAAAACAUAACUUUACCAUUCAAACAAAAAUUUCACUAUCAUUUUAUAUUCUUGAUACAAAAAGUUUGAAGUUUAUAUGGUUAAUUCAAAAGUUUUAAGUUUAACGCGAUCAAGGUGUUCGACGAAAUGUCUCAAUCAGACUGCAGGAUUUUUUCUUUGAAUUCAUUGACUUACUCUAGAUCUAUUUCUGGAUUGUGUGAAGUUGAUUGUGCCUGACAUUUGGGGGUUUAAAUUUUAAAGCUUUUGUGUGGUGAGAGUUUAGUUGAUGAUGCGUUGGUAUUGUUGAGAUUGAUGGGAGAAAGAGGACGGGGUGGUGAGCUAUACUAUUGUUAACAGUGCUGGAAAGUUAUUGAGUUUAGUUAAUCACACACAAUGUGUUGUUGAAUUAUUGUUGUAAUGUGCGGAAAAUUGGUGGGAAGUUACAGGUAUAACGAGCUUUUUAAAGUGAUUCUGCAAAGCCAAUAGAAUAGAUAAGGCUUACAUGAUGUUAGUUAACAAGAUGGAGGUAAAAGGAUAUGCAGAUGUUGUUUCCUUUAACACAAUUAUUGCUGCUCUUUGCAGAUUUGGUGUUACAAGAAACGCUUAUAAGCUCUUUGAGGAGAUGAGAUUGCUCCUGAUGUGGAUUGAUUCUUUUCUGAAAGAAAGAAAUUCUGUUGUAGCUAAGGCCCUUUUUUGAUGAAAUGGCAAAACUGACAGAGUAUGGUGAUGAUCCAUGAGAUGUGAUUCAUCAACUACAGCAUUGAUGUGGUAAAGCGCGCUACUAUAUAAUUAAAUGACUCAAUUUCAUUUCUUGAUCUCUUAGUUUAUGAAUAUGGAUUCAAAUUUAUACAGAGGAUCUUGUUGCUUUCUAAUUCCACACAAAUUUGUAGAACUGGAGAUAGAUAUAUGGUAUAUUCAUGUUCAUUUGCUCAAGCAAGAAUGCAUAGUUUAUGUUCUUUUCUUGCAGUGACUGUUUGCUGUUUUAUUCUUCCUAAAGCUUCUCAAAAGCUAUGAAAAGGAGUAUAUUGUAUGUGAUAAGUUUCUUUUGUUUUUUGGGGUGAAUAAAUAUUCUAUUUUCUUGCACUUUGCAUCGGUUUGUUUACUUUACUUGCCUUGUAUCCUUAACUAAUCUCUGAUUCUUGUUAAAAUUCCCAUAUAUUCUUCUUCACUUCAUUUCCCCCCCUCCAUUUCUCAGCCACCAUAAUGUCCCACCACAAUGAGACAAACCCACACUUUCUCCCUCGUCAACGCGACCCGGUCCUCGAGUUCCCCUCACAAACGCCUCCACGGCGCUCGAGGCCACCGUCUCGCCACCACGGCCGUGCUCCAGUCGUGGUGGACGUGCCACCUCGUGGCGACCAUACACACCACCCUCCACCGCCUCAUGCCACCCCAAUACAACACCCUGCACCUCCUCAUGACCGAACGUCGCCCCACCAUCCGACACAUAUUAAGCCCGUUGCACCGUUUGUCGUUGAGGCUCCGCACCAACCCCAUGCCCCCCCAGCACACCACCCUCCACAGCCUCAUAGCCGAACGUCGUCGCCCCACCAUGCAACAAAUGUUAAGCCCGUUGCACCCUUUGUAGUUGAGGCUCCGCACCAACCCCACCAAGGAUCCAGACCCAAUUCAGAUUCUCAUACACGACCACACGGUCGCGGCAGCCACCACCCUGGUCUCAUCCAAGCCCCAACGUCCCAGCGGACCAAGCCGGUAACCUGGCUGGUGGCAGCAUUCUGUAUGCUCUUCUGGAUACUGGUGAUCGUGGGAGGCCUAAUCGUCCUGAUAGUGUACCUGGUGUUCCGGCCGCACAACCCAUGGUUCGACAUCUCAACCGCGACCAUCAAUGCGGCGUACCUGGACAUGGGCUACCUGCUGAACGCGGACGUGACGGUGCUAGCCAACUUCAGCAACCCCAACACUAAGGUGAAGGUGGAUUUCACCUACGCGAUCCUCGACCUCUACAUAGACCACAAGUUCAUCGUCACGAGCUACAUUGAGCCGUUUUCGGUGAUGAGGGGCGAGUCGAUGUUUGCCAACGUGCACAUGGUGGCUAGCCAGGUGCAGCUGUCGACAGCGCAAAGCAUGCAGCUACAGAAACAGAUAGAACAAGGAAGAAUGAACCUUGAUAUAAAAGGAUUGUUUAAAGCUAGGUCUAAAUUAGGAGGCAUAUUCCACUACUCAUACUGGAUGUAUGCGCAUUGCCAACUCGUCCUCUCCGGCCCUCCCACCGGAGUUUUGAUCAGAAAAAAGUGCAUUACCAAGAAGUGACGACGACAUCCGAGGGAAUUUGAAGCCCUUAAAAAUAGUCCAAAAUUGCCAUUUUUGUACUUCUGAAACAAUCAAUCAUUUUCCAUAUCAUCAUCAUUAUUUAAAAUGUGAGUUUCCACAUCAA